AUGGCCAAACUCUUGGACACAAGUGUCUCAUGUGAUCAGGUACCCAUUAGAGUGUUUUGGUAAUCGAUAUCAACAUUAAUAUCAUCCAAUUUCAGAAGGAUUUCGUCUUGUCCUUGAGUUUUGAUUCUGACUUCCGGGGCAUUGUUUAUUCAGAAGAUGAUUUCCCAAACUGUGUCUACGUCAACGGGACCAUGUUGCCUCAACGGAAUUAUCAAUUAAAGAUCCCUUUGAUUGGAUGUGAGACCAGAACAAACGAAGAUGGCAACUUCGAGAACGCAAUCAUUGUUCAGGAAAACGCGGCUUUUGUCCAGAGUACUGACAAAAAGUACUUGUUAACUUGUAUUCCAAGUGCCGUUCCUAUUGGUCCCCAAAGGUUGGUUCGAAUAUAGUUUUAUUAGGUUGGACGGAAAGUUUGUACGAUUUUUUACUGCUGCUAUUUUUUCUUGCGCUGAUGGAAAAAGACAAACACAAAUAUAUGGUGUCGGUAGGGGACAGGCAUCCCUAUCUAGCAGUACAACCUUCAGCCAUCUUAAGCAUUUACGAACUGAGAACUUAAUUUAGACAUUUACCCAUCUUUGGUCCAAAAUUACAAAUCCUUGGCUGGUUUGUUUAAUAAGGCCUACCAGGAAAUUGUUUUGGCACUGCUAAAAAGCCUUCUUCUGUAGCUCUUAAUAUGCGUAAAGUCGCCGGGGACUAAAUCAAAACAUAGCCAUAAAAUUUGACUUUUGCAGGACCACCCCAAGUUUGAAUAUAACUGCAACCGCCGCUUUGCCGGUGCAUUUCUAUGUGUAAAACUAUGAUAUGCAGAAACUAAGGACAAUCCCUUACACUCAGCUACCCCGCAAUAGCCAACUGUUUUGCCGUACGACAUAAUAGAACUAAAUUACUUUUCUCAAAAAAUCGUUGGUGAACUGUUGGAUCAUCCCGUACAAUUCUAAAAAGAGCUCAUAACAUCUUUCCACUCCUCCCUUUCUUGGGUGCAAAAUAGAGCCGCUUUAUUGCUCUACUACCUCGUGAAACAAUGGGCUACCAUUGUUGACUGUCACAAAAUUACGCGCAUUGCUCUACAGCUAUAAUUUUUGGCAAUUUUGUCUCUUUGCGGAUAACCCGAGGCAUCUGUGAUCCGGUUUACUCAUGUUGCACGUAAAGGACUCUCUAUGUGCCUUACUGCACCCUAUUACAGAGACAGACAAUAAGAAAUACGCGGAAUAAUAAGAAAAAGUUUUCAUAGGGGGCCUUUGCUGAAGACUUGGUUGAAAGUGUUGCUAUUAUUUUAUCCGACACGCUUUUUUAUGAUUUCUAAUUGUGUUUAACGUAGUCAGAAAGACCACUGGACAUUGCCUAAAAAGUUUCAGAGCUUCAUCGAAAGCGAUCUGGAAACUAGAGUUUGCGUUCUGGACCCUACCCGAAAUAGCCGCAAAGCGGAAAACCUCUUAUAAUUAAGCUCGUUUUGGCGGAGCUAACGAUUGGCACGUAGCAUAUAAAUCUUCACACUGUACUCUUGUAUAUGCUAGGUAUUUACGGUGGGCAAUCGGUCUUGGCGCGAAAAAAAUUAAAUUGAAAUUUGGGUAAAAAAUCGUACGAACUUUCCGUCCAACCUAAUAUUUUAUUUUUUCUUUACUUUCAGAGAGUCUCUGAUUACGGUAGAUUUUGGAGGGGUGACGAUUGAUAACAGCCACACAACUCCCGAGGUGAUCAGUGCUUCAUUGCCUCCGGGCUCGGCCAAACCUCCACUCAAAUAUACGGUUGAAAUCAGGGCUGGGCAUUCUCUGACUUCUCCAACUUCAUUUAAUGCAUUGAAUAUAGGAGAUCCGAUUGUAAGAUUUGAUGAGAAUACAGUAAACUUUUCAGAGUUAUGUUGUGAGAAUUCAAAAGCCAGUUUCUGAUACCCAAAUUGGCCGUUGUUGGGCGACGGAUGCCAAGUCUAACCUGGAACUGAGCGAUGAGAAUGGAUGCACUUUACAACCGCGAGCUAGCAUCUGGAAUGCUUUUGAGAGGCUAAACAGUGAUGACGAAGUUAUUUUUGUGAACAAGAUUAAAGCCUGGGCAUUCCCAACCAGGUAAACAAAAAAUAUUCUGAUUGACCAUAUUUCGACUUUAAUUUAAUUUUGUUGUCCAGCGAUGAAGUAAAUAUCUUCUGCAAUCUGAGGGUGUGCAUGAGUCGAGCCUGUGAAUUGAGUAAUUGUUCGAGUACCACCAGAAGAAUGAGGAGGCAUUUUUCUCAUCCAGUGGGGGCCAUCUCGUCAGUGGAGAGGAUCCAUGCUCAACUCCGUCUUCGGAGACAAGCCUUAUCUUCAGUCUCGUCUACAGUAAGUUCCGUUUAAAGCUCUACAUUCAUGUUGCAGGAUCUGUUGACUCAAUCUUUUGUCGAUCAGGACAAGAUUGUAUGCUUGACGACCUCCCAUUUGGCCUUACUGGCCAGCUGCAUUCUGGUGUUGUUGAUCUUGGUCGUGGUGUUUAUUUUUAUCGUGACCCCCAACAGAUUCUUGAACAAUCUGAAACUUUAA